AUGUGGAGCAUGAAAGUGAAAGUGUAUCUGUUGCUAGUUUUGGAUUGUAUUAAAGACCAUAGUGUCUCUAGAUGAGGGUCCUGUUCGCCUCAGUAUAUAAUGUGUAUCUAGGGGAAGAGUUGAAUACUGUGAAUUUUAGAUUUUACCCCAAGGAACGGGGAAUAAUGUUGACAUAACAGUUAAGGCGACAAGAUAAAAGUCACAGGUAAUUCCAGGUACAGCACCUAAUUUACUGCCUUUUCUUAUCUGGACAAAAAACAAGUAACGCAGUGGUUAAUUACCUGUGCAGGUGAAUCAAGGUAACUUCGUUUUGAUGAUAUCAUUUCCUAGGAUUAUACUUUGUGUCAUAAGAACAGAUGUGACAUUUCUUCGUUUAUUUCACAUUGUUGGCAGAAUUCUUAUUUGAUUAAUGUAUUAUGGACUACAGUUUGGAUUAUACCCAGUUAUGUUACAACAGACAUAUUUGCUUCAUUGGAUAGUUUCUGCUGAUGUAAUUGGAAAUAAAUUUGCAUAUUUGUGAUCCAAGUUCUAUAAGUAUGCGAGAAGGAAGAAUGGAAGAUGAGGAUUAUUGUUACCGACCAGAAUGUGAAAUAGAGGCUGAUAGUGACCAUGAAGAUCAAGAUGCUGAGAGUGAACUGGGACAGUGGUUAGGACAAUUGGAAACUCUCAAAAUGGAUUUGGAUUCCGAUGGGACAGAUACAGUACGACGUAGAAACAAAACAAUUGUGACACCUAAAAUGGCCAUGGAGAGUUUCCGCUUCUCUUUUCUGAAUUCUGAUGAAAAUCAGGAUGUCAAUUUCGAUGCAAUACUUGGAGAAUUAUGUGAUCUGGAAAUGCAACUUAACACAACAGAGUAUGAAUUAGAUCGGAACAACAUGGGCCUCGUCAAAGAUGAACAUCGGGAUAGUGGCAAUGAUUUAGCUCAAUCAGAAUUAGAUGCUUUAGCUUCAGAAAUUACACAAAGUUUAUCAUUUAGACAUAGUUUACCAUAUGGUGAUUUGGAAUUAUUACCGGACCAAUUUCUUACUCGACGAGGAUCAUGUUCUGAUGCUCAUGAUAUUUGUGAAACAGAUUCAGCUUUUUCAGAAAAUGCCUCUCUUCCAUCAUCUGAAUCCUUCACUUCCAUGGUUACAGUAUCGUCGUCUGCUGAAGCUUCCAGUUCUGGUUCUGGUGAUUCAGGAAGCACUGUUAGUACCAGUACAGUGACGCCAUUCUCAGCUCAAGUCUCAGAGAUGCAUGAACUUUUAAUGUCUCAGUUGAGUUUGUUUGAAGAAGAACUCCAUAAAGAGAAUUGUCCUCCUAAUGAACAGAAAGCAAGAUUAAAAGCAGAGAAAAUAAGGAUAGCAUUAGAAAAGAUCAAGGAAGCCAAAAUAAGAAAGUUGUUUGUAAGAGCCUUUGCUAAAGAUGGAAGCAGUAAAAGUAUUUUAGUGGAUGAGAAAAUGUCCAUUGGUCAAGUAUGUAGUAUUCUGGCUGACAAGAACCAUGUACGACUGAAUGCUAAACUAGCUGUGAUAGAACAUAUGCCUGAUCUUUAUAUGGAGAGAAUUUUAGAGGACCAUGACUGUCUAGUAGAGAAUAUGGUAAUGUGGACCAGGGAUUCGAGAAAUAGAAUCCUGUUUGAAGAGAGACAAGAGAAAUUUGAUUUAUUUAGGCAACCAGAGAAAUAUUUAUUGGUCAGUUCCUCAUCAGAGAAAGGUGCCUCAUUGGCACCAAACCAGAGACACAAACUUGUACAGGAAUUCUUCAAUGGUAGUGCUCAAGUCCCUGAGGUUGAAGGUGUGAUGUAUCUGAAGUCAGAAGGAAAGAAAGCAUGGAAAAAAUUUUACUUUGUUUUACGAGCUUCUGGACUGUACUAUAAUCCUAAAGGGAAAGUUAGUAAGGCUCCCAAAGAUUUAACCUGUAUGGUACAGUUUGCUUAUGUGGAUGUGUACUAUGGCCUCGGAUGGAAGAAAAAAUAUCAUGCUCCAACAGAUCAUGGAUUUGCUCUGAAACAUCCUCAAAUUCAGAAGAAAACAUCAAAAUACAUACGCUACUUCUGUACAGAAAACAAAGCUGCUUUAGACCAGUGGAUCAUGGGUAUUAGAAUGGCUAAGUAUGGCAAACAAUUACAGACUAAUUAUGAGAAACUGAGAACUGAAGUAUCAACAUGGGACUCGAGGGAACUGAGGUCAAGUGUUUCUGAUCCAGACACGUUUGAUGAAACUUUGGAAUUUGUUCCUGGAAGUAGCUUACAAGAUAGUCGUUUGUCAAUGCCAGAACCUGGAUCUCGUCAUUCAAUAGUUCAUGUUCAGAAUUCUACUUUAGUAAGAAAUAGCGCGGGGAGUGAUACAACAAUCUGUGAAUCUUCAGAUGAAAUCAUGUGCUUAGAGUUGAAUUCACAUCAUGAACGUAAAUCCUCUUUAACAGGCCAGAAUAUGUAUGAAUUACAAAGACCUGUUGUUAAACGUGUGUCGUUUAGUAAUACACAUUCUGUUAUAAAUUCUGAGGGAGAGGAAAUUGUUCCCUUACGACACAGAGAUUCUAUAACAAGUUCUUCAACAGAAUCAAGUGAGGAUUCUGUUUCUAGUGGAGAAAUGCGCUUUAAUAGUGUUUCUCGUGCAGCAAGCAAAAUGCGAGCUAGAAUACCAGUUACCACUGAAACCACACGACACAUGUCUGAAAUGUAUCAACAAACAAUGGAUGGAAGUAGUAUAUCAUCUUGUGAAUCUUAUGGGACACAUGAAAGGAAAUCUUCACUAACAAGUCCCAUUCAUUCUCAUAGUUUUACUGAAAAAGACAGAAGGAAAUCUGCUCCUGUGAUUCAUGGAGAAGGGAAAGAAACUCGACAUGAAAGGAAAAGUUCAGAUUCAUCUCGUGAAUUUAAAGUACGUUCAAUUUCUGGAGACAAAGAGCCACUUUAUGAAAAUAUGCAUGAAAGAAAGAGUUCUGAUGACUCAAGAGAAUUUAAGAUUCAUUCUCGUAAAGCCUCUAAUGAAGGAGUAAAAGAAUCACGACAUGAGAGAAAAGGUUCAGAUGGAUCUCGUGAAUUAAAGGUUCGCUCACAAAUUAUACCCUCAGAAAGAGGAAUUCAUGAAUCACGGCAUGAUAGAAAAGGUUCGGAUGGUUCAAGAGAAUUAAAAGUUCGCUCACAAGCUAUUCCAAAUGACAGAUACAUACAAGAAUCUCAUCAUGAAAGGAAGGGAUCUAACUCCUCUCAAGAUUCAUUAAAUCGUCUUAAUCACUGUGACAAAAUAUCAGGUAUUCAUGCGCAACAAUUACUGACUGAUGUAAAACUAACAGGUUCUCCGCCCCCUCCAAACAAACAAGUGCAAUCAACUCAGAAUUAUAAACGACCACUAACUCCACCACCAGCUAGACCCAUACAACCGAUUGAGGAAGUUAUGCCCCCUUAUUCAAGUUUACCACUGUCACCACCUCCUAACAGAGUAAUGUCACCAACACCAAGUAGGGAAAGGCUUUGUACACCGCCACCACCCCCAACACAUUCAAAUAUCUGUAAUAUGAGAGAGCGUUUGACGUCACCACCACCUCCACCUCUCCAGAGAGUUAUGUCACCACCUACAGUCAAUCGAGAAAUGACCUCACAUUCAAGGUCAAGUUCUAGUUCUAGUCAUUACAGCAAUCUUAGUACUGAGGACCAUUUUCCAGUCCCUCCUGGAGAGUGUCACAAGAUGUCAUCGUACCCACAACCUCCAUCAACACUCAUGUCUCCUAUGUCAAACAAGUCAAUGGCUGCUCCACAUCACAUGACGUCACCUGCAAUGUCAAACAAAGCCAUGCCACAAACACUACCACAAGCAUUAAAGUCACCUCCGAUGCUAAGCCAUCAUCAACCUCCACAAUUAGUAAUGUCACCUCCUGCGUCUAAGCAUUUCUCCCAGAAUGCACUACCAUUGUCUCAUCCGAUUGCAUCACAGAUGUCUCCUCCUGUCUCCUCCGACUUUGCUACACCACCUUCCCCAGCUCCACCUGCAAUGGUCCAUACAGCAGCUUCUAUACAAUCCAGUUACUCAAUGCAAAAUGAUUCAUCACCACCAACCCCGCGGAGUUGUGUACCUAUGCCUCCUGCAAUGCCUUUGUUGCAGAAUCGUUAUGUUAGCAUGGAAAUAGGAGGAAUUAGUCCAUUACGAAAAAGUGGACCUGAAACUGUCAUUCAUACACAUGGACCACAGAUGUCACCUCCUAUAGUGAAUCAUCAGCCAGGUGCUUAUAACAUGCCACCACAAAAACAGAGACCAUCUCCAUUAUCAUGUAGUACCCAAGCAUAUAACUCUCAAAAUUCUCAAAAUGUGAUAUCGCCAACAAUGUAUUCUCCUGAAGGACAGCAUUUUAAUGCCAUGACAACAAGUGGACCACAAUUUAAUGGACCUUAUGACCAAAUGUAUCAGUGUGGUCGUGUUAUGUCAUCGUCUAUGCCUACAUCAAACAGUUCUAUGAUUCCACAAUCGGGGAAAACUAGUGCAAUAUAUGACAGCUAUGGAAAUUCUCAUCAGCCACAAAAUCACAUGUCAUCUGUCUCAUCUAGCGACGAUCAUUUACCACAACAAUUACCAUUUCUAUCAGAAUUAUCUCAGAGACCACAAAAAGGAGGUGGCAAAGUUCCUCCGGCUACAUUGCCAAAGCCUGAUAGUGGACCGAAAAAUAGUCAAAAAUACAAUGGUGCUAAUUCUUAUGAACUAGGAGUAACUUCUCCAAAUGGACCUUCACCUUUAAGGCCUAAUUCAAAUAUAGGCAAUAAGUCAAGACCGCCACCUCCUCAACGGAGUGAAAAUACAAGACUUUCAAGUGAAAUCAAAACUACUAGUGCUGAUAUACAUUCUGUGCCAAAUUAUGACCCCCUUUAUGAAAACUUGGGUGAAUGUGAGGGACUGAUUGAUAUUAAUGAUCUUCCCCUCCCACCACCAGAACUGUUGGAGGGAAUUGGUGGAGGGGUUCCAAAGAAAGGAAAGGUUCCCCCUCCCCCACCAAAGAGGAGUUUAGAAACACAUUUGACUAGUCAGUAACUGCUGUUGUAUGUAUAUACCAGUGAAAUUCAUAUUUUGUUUAGUUUCAGAUGACAUAAUAAUUGUUAAUGUUUUGUGCAACCAUAAUAGUGCAGAGAAAAAGGUAACUUAGGUUACAUAAACUAGUCAGUGUAUUAAUUAUGAACAACGUGUGAACAAGGAAGUUGUAUUAAUUUUGGUCAUUGGAGCAUAUUAGACUUACGUUUUUUUUACAAUUUUGAUUCAGAUCUUUGUAAUUUGUGUAUAACUUUUCUAUAAUUGUUCAGUUGAAAGCCUGUUUGUAAACUCAGGACCCUGAAAAAUCAGUAUUUAUAUCCGAUUCUGUAAUCAUUUUGAUCAUGCUUACAUCAGUUCUUCAACAAUAUUUAUACUAGGGUCAACAUUUUAGUUUAUGCAAAAAUGAAAAGUCAUUUAUAUUUUUGUCUCAUUAACAUGAUUAAAUGAUACAUUUGUUUUAUAUACUCCAUCACAAGAAUUUAAAGUAAAGGAUCAUAGAGAAAAAAGAUUUUUUUUUAUAUCAUAAAAGGUUUCAUAUAAACUUAGAUAUUAGCCCAAGACAUUGCUGAGGGACAGCUAAUUAAGGGGAGAUAAGUAAUCUAAAACCAAAAUAUUUGAUCUUGAUAUGAACAAAGAUAGUAUCGUUAGUAUGUAUUGAAUUUCAGUACUUCGACUGCAAUACAUGUUAACAUUAGUAUCGUUAAUGUGUGUUGAAUUUCAGUACGUUGACUGCAAUACAUGUUAACAUUAGAAUCGUUAGUAUGUAUUGAAUUUCAGUACUUCGACUGCAAUACAUGUUAACAUUAGUAUCGUUAAUGUGUGUUGAAUUUCAGUACGUUGACUGCAAUACAUGUUAACAUUAGUAUUGUUAGUAUGUAUUGAAUUUCAGUACUUUGACUGCAAUACAUGUUAACAUUAGUAUCGUUAGUAUGUAUUGAAUUUCAGUACUUUGACUGCAGUACAUGUUAACAUUAGUAUCGUUAGUAUGUAUUGAAUUUCAGUACUUUGACUGCAAUACAUGUUAACAUUAGGAUGAAUAUUUUGAGCAUAAAACCAUAUAUUGUUUACUUUCUACAAUCCAUAGAUAAUAGUGCUGUAUAAAUCUGUCUCAAUAUGUUACACAUAUAAGUGAUGUAUACAUUUGUAAUAUAAUAUGUCAUGUAUGUGAUCAGGUGCUGUCAUACUUUGUUUUUUAAAUAAAUAUAUAUGUGUAAAAUUUAUGUAACCAUGACAUACAAGAAAGUUGACAAGUAUGGAAGGAAAUUGUUUUUUGGUUUGUUUUUAAACUUUACUUUAAAUUUAUAAGUGUAUUCUGAAUUUUAAUCAUUUGAUCAAAAUCAACUUGUAAUUGUUGGCAUCAUAUCAUUUGAGGUAAAAAAAAAUACAAGAUUACAUGUUACUCUGAUCCAUUGAACAGUGGAUACAAGUUUGAGGUCAAAGUUUGUUACUUUUAUUGUAUGUUAUUUUAAUAUAGGGGUUCUAUAAUUUUGAAUGUUUUCUUCAAAACCAUUUUAAAAUAACUAUGCCAAAUGAACCAAUGAAAGCAUUCUUCCUGUUUCUUAAAAAUAGCCAUAUUAGAACAAACUUUUAUGAAUUUUAGAUGCAUAUUUAUAUGUUGUGUACAUUUUUGACAAUGAAAAUAUUUUGAGAUGAAGAUUUAUUUUGAAAUUCUAGUCAUUUUUUAUCAGUUAUAAACUGUCAAUUUUUUAAAUCUUUUAUGUUUUGAAUACUGUUUUACAUGUGUUUUUUUGUUUUGAAUAUUUUUCAGCAUUUAUAAGCAAACAAUUAUCUUUUACAUUUUCUAUAUAACAUUUUAGUAGAACAAUCAAAAUGUCAAAACUGGUUCAUUUUAUCUUUAUUUAUUUCCAUAUAAAUAGUGUUUUCCAUACAUUUUUUUCUCAGUUGAGUGAAUUUUCGAACACUUAGAAAAAAUACUUUAAUAUGGAAACACUUUAAGUCUACCGUAAGAAUGAAUGGUCAUAUGCAAUGGUUUUAUUCUAGAACUAACACCAAUGGACUAAUUUUAAAAUCUGAUGGUCCUGUCAUGAAAAACUAUUAGAAUAGAAAACUAGAAACAAAACAUGAUAGGAUGCUUUGUCCUCGCAUCAAAAACAUUUUUUCACAUGGACAAAUUAGAAAUACUACAGAGAGUACAAGUGAACUUAAAAUUAUACACAAACUUAUUUAGAACCCAAUGUUGUUAAUGUGUGCAGUUUUAUGAUCAAAACUUGAAAGUUACAUUUGUUUAAAAAUGUGUAUAUAUGACCCUUAAAAACUUGAUUACACAAAAUAAGAUUUUGUUAUUGGUUCAGAUGUUUUGUUAUGUGAUUAAUACUUUUUAGCUGUAAGUGGGUAUUUUGUUUUGUUAUGAUUUAAGAUUAAUAUUUAAUAUGAAUAUUUAGAAAUGUGACAGAUUUUUGUCAAUAUACACAUUUGUAUUGGAAUUUGUUGAACUAUGGAAAUCCAAAUCUAGCUCACCUGGCUUAGAGGCUAAUAUGAGCCUGUAUGUCAUCCUUAUUUGUUAGUAAAUAAAAUUUACUCUGAAAACACUGAUAAUUGAACCUGAUUUUGUUGGGAAUCAUCAUUAGGGUGUCUUUUUCCAUACAUAUAUUUAACCUUGCAUCUAUCUAACAUAAUUAUCAACUGUAAAUAAGAUCACAACUAACACCCAAGAAUAGGAAAAACUUGCAAUAACAAAAAUUUUUUUGACUGGAAUACUGCCGAAUAUUUUCUCAUGAGGAUAAGCAUUUGAAUGGUCCAUGUAUCCUUUUCAGGUUAACUGUCAAUGCAUGCUUCAUUAAACUGCAUCAAAAAGGAUAAAAAAAAAAAUCAUCAAAAUUAUGGUUUUUGUAGUUUACACAAAACAUUUUUCACCUUAAUAAAAAGAAGUUAAUUUUCUAUUGUCAUCAAAUUUCAAAAUGUCUGACAUUGUUAUAAAUUAAGUAUGAUAUUUGAGAACCUUAAUUCAAUUUAUUUCUCUUUUUUGGUUUCUAGAGAGGUUCUGCUCUUAUUUUUCAUAUUAAACAUUUUCCUGUCUAAAUAAGUAAUGAUUGGGGUGUAAGUUUAUCAUUGAAUCAUGGAUUGUGUGCAUAUGUAUACAAAUUGUGUAUUGUGAUUGCUUAUUAUAGAUAAGAGUAGGCAUUUAUUGUCAGGUUUGUAAAACCUGUAUGUCCACAGAUAGAGUGCAACUCAUUUAAUAAAUUAUGUCUCAGAUUU